AUGGCAGAAACUGAAACUAAAAAGAAACCUAGAUGGAUUCCUUUAGAAUCUAACCCAGAAGUUAUGAACAAUUAUAUUCAUAAACUGGGUUUAUCUUCGCAAUGGGAAUACACCGAUGUUUAUGGCCUGGAUGAAGAACUUCUGUUAAUGAUUCCUCAACCAGUUAAAGCUUUUCUUCUUCUCUUCCCUAUUUCAGAAGCUCAUGAAACCUACACUAAAGCUCAAAUAGAAAGUAUUAAAGAGAAAGGACAGGAAAUAUCACCCAAUGUCUUAUUUUAUAAACAGACUAUUAGUAACGCGUGUGGAACCAUUGGAUUAGUACAUUCUUUAGCUAAUAAUAGGGAUUCUAUUCCUAUCGAAGAUGGUCCACUUAAACUCUUAUUAGAUAAAACCAAAGAUUUGACGCCUGAAGAGCGAGCCAAAUGUCUUGAGGAAGAUAAUGGUUUGGCUGAUGCUCAUCAAACCUCUGCGAGAAUGGGUCAAACUAGGGCUCCUGGAGAGGAUGAAAGAGUAAAUUUACAUUUUAUAUGUCUUGUCGAAAAAGAUGGAUCGAUCUACGAGUUGGAUGGAAGUAAACCUUUUCCUAUAAAUCAUGGUCCAUGUGAUAAUUUUCUAAAGGGCUCCGCCGAAAUAAUUAAGAAAUUCAUGCAAAGAGAUCCCAAUAAUCUUCAGUUUACUGUAGUCGCACUUGCACCGAAAGCAUGA